AUGGGUAAAUUCCGCUCCAGGAGCGGCUGCCUUACAUGUCGAGCGCGCCGCGUCAAAUGCGACGAGACCCGUCCACUAUGCAAAGCCUGCGGCAAGAAGAACCGCCCUUGCCAGUGGAAAGAGCCAUAUACUAAGUUCAAAGAUUACCGGCCUGACGAACCCACGUCAAGUAGAUCCGCUGCCGGCGGCACCGACAACGAAACCGACACCAAGGAGGACAUGAUGGAUGUUGACGGUGUUGAUGGUGUCGCUGGCAUCGAUAAAAGGAAUGAGGCGGUUCGUGCGAACAGUUCCAGCGAGAAAGGCUUCAGCCGGAACACUUCACCGAAAAGUCGGAAAAACUGUCGGAUCGAUGGGGCAUCGGAAGACCAGUCUACCAGCGUCUCCUCGCCGUCGAUCCAGUUGUCGCCAGACUCACCAUACUUUGUUCCCCAAUCCAAGGGCACAGCGGGUGGCGUGUCGGUGGCGAGUUUGCUGCAGUCGCACAACCCGGAAGACAUGCCAGAGAGCUCCGUGCCGGUGCAUACUCGCCAGGCCUUGCAGCAGACGAGUUCGCACUCGCAUAACUGUAGGGAUGUUUCAAAGGGUACGAGAAAUUACUCGUCACAGUCUGUUCCUCUGACGCACGAAGAGGCCUUGCUGGUGCACCACUACACAGAACAUCUCGGUCGCUGGCUUGAUUGCACUGACGCCACUCGUCAAUUCACACUGGUGGUACGGAAGAAUCAAAAAUGCCCAGUGCUUUGCUACGCCGUCAUUUCCUUUGCUGCUCACCACUGUAGAAAGGAGGCGACAGCGGAUGCAGCUUAUCAGCGCUGUGUUGCCUUGCUCAUCGAGCAACUAAGCGAAGACACUGCUAGCCACGACGAGACUCUUCUGUGCGCCGUUGUCGUACUGCGCUUCUAUGAGCAACUGAACACCUUGUCCAGCACUGGUUCAGAUGAUGAACAGCAUCUCGCAGGCUACUCGGCCAUCAUUCGAUCCUCUCGGGGAAACCGCUAUGUAGAUCCAUCAGCACCCACCUUCCGCGAAGCCGUCUUCUGGGUCUACGUACGCCAUUGCCUCUACAAUGCUACUAUCAACCAGCAGCCGCCUGAUAUUGACUUCUCGUUGCAACUGCACCCGACCCCGGGCGAGAUGCGAGAUGCGCACCCAUUGGCUCGAUUAAGGUUAGAGACAGCUUGGGCCAAUCAAAUGACAUGGAAUCUUGCAUGCGUCGUGAACUUCUGCUUCGAUGGUAGGGAACCCCAAAACGAGAAAGCUCACAAGAUGCGACGCUGGCAGGAGCUGUGGGACCUUGUUCAGACGUGGAUGCAUGAAAGACCGGACACCUUUAAUGCGGUUUUCGAAGGUUUAGCUAGCGGCCAAGGCUCCUUCCCCAGGAUUCUGUUUACGGCCGACUGGCAUACUGUAUCGUUUGGGUAUUACCACUUUGCGCAUAUUAUGCUGCUACGUUAUAAACCAGGCCCGAAGUUUGCGAUUCGCAAUGUCGAGAACCUUUCUGAUACAGAUCAUCAAAUCCUAUCGCACGCACGCGCCAUUUGCGGGGCGAGCAACAGCUCACCGGAGACUGUGCCAUUGGCGAUUACCGUCUGCCAUACCAUCUUCAUCUGGGGACCGCUCGUAUGCAAUUCUGGAGAGAGGGACCAAGUGGUACAGAUCCUGAGCAAUUUCGAAAAACAUCACGUCUGGCCAACAACAUGGAUCAUCAACGCACUGAAAGCUGAAUGGGGCAUCCCUACUUCCUCAAACUCUCCAACAUAG